CUUCCCUUUGAAACCACUUCCUCCCCUUCUCCCAAUCGGCCAUGUUUAAUUUGUCUCAUUCACGAAAAGUUAUGUAAACAAAACAGGAAAGUCGCGAUUUUGGAGGCGAAAGUGACGAUGCAUUAGGUUACUGGAUUGCAUUGUGAUCUUCUGUCCGGAUGGUUGUCUGAGAUCAUUUAUCAGCAGCCGUGGGAAUAAAAGACUAGCGCGUGAACUGCGUGGAGACAUCGGCAGGUGGGCUCGACACUUCUCAAAUUCAGCAUCAAGCGGAGAGCGAAUAGCGUGUACUGUUUAACACUCAUAGCUUCAUAAUACUUUGACAAGCGUGUUGCAGUAAACCAUGAGGAAAAAGCAGAAUGUGAAAAACAGAAAAGCAGAAGAGACAACGAUCGUACAGGAGUUUGCAGUAGAAAAAAUCACCCGCAGAAGAGUACAUGAAGGAAGAGUUGAAUACUAUUUGAAGUGGAAAGGUUUCACAGAUGCGGAGAAUACCUGGGAACCAGAGGACAACCUGGAUUGUCCUGAGCUAAUAGAGGAGUUUCUCAGAAACCUGUCUGUCACAGGAGAAACAGAACCAGACGGGUUUCAGUCUACAUACCAUGAUGUCCAGCCUAAGCAAGAGUUAACUGAGGUCGAUACUGAUACGGCUCACCAGCGGUCUCCGAUGGAGCUCAUUGAGAGAAGUAAUGAAGAGGCUGGCGAUCACAGCUCUGAGAUCCCUGCAGGUCAAUCUUACCAAGAACCAGACUGUAUUAUCGGAUCCACAGACCGACAGGGAGAGCUCAUGUUCCUCAUCAAGUGGAAAAACACAGAUGAGGUGGCUUUACUGUCUGCCAGGGAGGCUAGUAAAAGGUGGCCCCAGAUGGUAAUCGGCUUUUACGAGGACAAGCUGACCUGGCACGCAGAAGAGGAGCCAUAAGAGAAAAAAUAUGGAGCAGUGAAUAAUACUGUACCUCCUGGCAGCUUUAAACGCGGUCAAAAACACAAACACUGUGGCAAAAGUUUACUGUUUGAUUUACCACAUAUCCAUAGUCUUUGAGUCCACACUUCAAUGUAAACACACACUGAACCUGGAGAAAUGUGAGUGUUAGAGAUCUGCUGUCAUGUACAAAUCUAUGUGUUGGAAACUGUGUUAUGUAGAAGUGCUUUAUUAAUCGUUUUUGGUAAUUUUAGGCUGGGAAGGCAAUUCGUUACAGGAACACUUUGUGUUAUGCUAGUUGAAAAAUGAUGUUUGAUGAACAAAGCUAGGGAGGAACACCUGCAAAUGCUUACACAGCUGCCAGCCAUUAGCCAUUACGUCUCUCGUCCAUUCCAAACCAAGAGCAAACCCUAUAAAUAGUCAAAUCGUCUCACCUCUGUCACUCCACGUUUUGCAGCAUCCGUCCUCCACCCUCCUAAACCCUCUAUUUAGGGAGGGGGGAAGCGCUCCGGGCUCAAGCAAACACAGAGAUCCGAGCCAUCGCCCCGGACAAAGGAGAGAAUGCUCCAGGUCCGGGGAAGGAGACCUUCUCCCUAAACAGCAAGCCAAAUACGCUUACAAAUUCUCUGCCUAAUUAAACUGCAGCCUAUUUUAAUUAUUUUAGUCUCUUCACAUCCUUGGAAAUCGCUAAGUAACGUGGUGAAAAUAUAUUUAUAUAAAUAUUUUGUGGAAGAUGCAGGACCCUAAAAUGUUCGGCCAAUCGGUACAUUCGGUCCGAAUGCAUUGAUAGGAUGUCCUACUUGUCUGUCAAGCUAUGUAUUUGCAUACCGCUGCUCAUCCUCCUCGCAUAGGCAAUGUUUUGACAUCUUCACGUUCUUGUGUUUUAGAUGAGGUGUGGCUUUACAAAGCACUGUGAAGGGAAGGUGGGAUUUUAUACUUAGUGCUGGCUUGCUAUAUUGUUAGCCUCUCCGAAACGACCUACCCUUUCUUUAACAAUCUGUUUUUGUUUAUUAUGUUUUGUGCAUCGUCCUGUUAUUUGUGAGGACAUACUGUUUAACAUACUGUAAGAGAUUCAGAGAUUCACACUACUUGCUCAAUAGGAAUUGUUUUUAUGUGUAGAUGUACUUACUGUAUUGUAAAAAACUGUCUACGAUAAAUCUUGUGAUGUGUGGGGUCUUAUUGUAGCUCAUACUGAUAUAAAUCUAUAGAUUUGUACAAUAUUAUUGUAGAAUGUAGCCGGUACAGUGAACAUGGUGGCACAUAAGUUGUUUUUCAGAUACUGCCACAAUCACAGUAUGUGUUUAUUUUAUUUAAAAAAUAUUGUGGUCAACAACUUGUCCUCUAUUUCUAAUAUUUUGUUAUUUUGGUAAAGAUCACUGUUAGCGUUUAACCCUGUGUGAACUAGGUGCUCGAAUAAACGUGAAAUUACCUCAGAAAGGCUGUGAUUCUUUAAAAAA